AUGGCGCAAAAAAGCAACAAAACAGAGGACGCUCCCAUGAGUGUUGAAACACAGACACAGACGCAGCAGCAUGCUCACGUCGGCCCCGCCCAGAUGGCAUCGGCCUCCGCAGCUUCCUCUGUACACAUCAAGGAGCUCACCCAGGAGGUGUCUUCCUUGUCCACCCGGCUUCUCCAAGCGAUGGAAACACAGUCUGAGCUGGAGGAGGAGCUUGGACGAGAGAAGCGUGACAAGGAUCGAGCCAACGUGGAGAACAAGGAGCUGAAAACUGAGGUCCAGAACCUGCGGGAGGAGAUGCAGGAGCUUUCAGCGGAGCUGUUUGAUGAGGCCAACAACAUGGUGUCUGACGCUCGAAGAGACGCCGCCAAGGAAGUGGCAGAAACCAAGAAGCGCAACGACCAGCUCAAGGUGCAGCUUGAGGAGCGAGACAACUUGCUCGAGAGUCUACAGGCCCAGCUGAGUGCACUAAAGCAGGCCAUGCAGGAGCGAGACGAGGAGGAAGAUCGACUACAGAACCUGGGCGAGGAGAGCGAUGAGGAGGAGCAGGAGGACCGUGUUACACAAAGAGACAGCAUUCACGGAACCACGAAUGACGGAUCAGACGAUGGGUUUGAGUCUGCCGCAGAGGGUGAUUCUGACAACAAACAACACUCGUCGUUACCCGGAUCAGCAAACGCUUCUUCCACCAACGUUUCUGGACCCCCACCAGUUGCUACUCGACCUCGUCUCUCCCGUGCUCCUUCAUCUCGAAAGCGAAUGACUGCCGCACCUACCACAGCAGAACUCAACUCUCCCUCCAGGCCUCAUCUUCGACAGGAUCUGGCCUCUUUUAGAGACUUCAUUGCUCUGGUUCGACAGGCUGCUAAGCAGCGAGAAGCUUCUCUUGAGUCUGCCACUAACUCGGCCUCAACUCAUGCGGCCGGUCCCACGUCGUCUUCCACUUCUUCUACGGACGUCGCUGCCACUUCCUCCAACGAUGACGUACCCCAUACUCCACCCACACACCAGGGCCCCUUCAAGCACGACGACCAGUCCCCGCUCACAUCCAUCUACUCGUCGUACAUGUCACCACAAUCUCACAAAGAGCCCCCACAACUGCAACUCAAGGAUACGCGGUUUUUCAAAAAAUUCAUUUCCGAAGACUUUGAGCCCACUCUGCGACUUGACCUGGCACCCGGUCUAUCGUGGCUUGCCCGACGAGCAGUCCAGAUGGCUAUUUUGGAAGGAACUAUUGUCAUCGACCCAAUCGCAGCUGUCAACGAGCUGUACGGUGUCAACAUGAUGACCAACAUGUGGCUGAAUGGAGGAUUCAGCGAGUCUGCUGGAGCUCCCCGAGAUGCCAACGGAGAGCUUCUGAAGGACGCACACUCCGGAGACGCUACCACCUCUAAGGACGUGGUUGCUCCCGAUCACCCCCCCAAGCAACGACCUGUCAGUGCAUUGGUCAGCUUUGCUCGUGAUGCCAAGCUGAUGAAACCCGAAAAGGUGAACGAGGAGGAUAAUCACAUCACGCCUCCCAUGUCGCGAGAAGAAGCACGGGCUCAGACUGCCCGAGAUCUGGAAUCAAGGGCCUCCCACGAUUCGUCCCGACACUCGCAUGACUCUCGAACGUCUUCCUCCAACAACGUGUCGCCUCCCAUGGCGACUAUUUCGGCCUGUGCUCUCUGUGGCGAGUCUCGAAACCACUCUCUGGUCUAUGCCCGUCUUCACUAUCUGCGAACAGCUCAUGCCGCCGCUGGAGAGACUGGCGAGUCAGGUGAAGCUGGUCCCAACACCUCUGCCUUGACUGCAGGCAAGGGCUACCCUCUGUGUGGUUACUGUCUGGUGCGAGUGCGAGCUGUUUGUGACUACCUGACUUUUUUGCGGUCUGUCAAGGACGGUGUUUGGAAGGUGGAUGGCGUUGCCUCUGAAAACAAGGUGUGGGCCGAGUGUAUCCGACUCAAGGAGCGAAUGUUCUGGGCUCGAGUCGGUGGAGGUUUCCUGUAG